AUGGCAGGAAGCGAAUUCAUCCAAGAUGUCGUGAAGCUCAUCACGGUUCAGUCUGGGCUACCAAGUACAAACCCAACGACCCCGACCUGGCAGACUCCACCGCAUCCAACGGUAGCAAGCGCACAGUCACAUGCCUUGCCUUCAGAAACCGAUAUCAUCAUCAUUGGUUCCGGCAUCACUGGCAUUGGCGCGGCGCACUCCCUCCUGAACCAUGCGAAAGGCACUGAUCUCAAGGUAACGAUGCUUGAGGCCCGCACAGCCGUAAGCGGAGCGACUGGACGAAACGGAGGACAUCUUGUCUCUGAUAGUGAUUCCUUGUUUCCGGCUCUUGCCGAGACGAUUGGUGUUGAGCGCGCGAUAGAGACUGUGCGGUUCAGCGAUGCCAACAUUCGCCGCCUGAAGGAACUUAUCGCUCAGUUGGAUCCUGAGGAUAGAGAAGCGGUGGAAUUUCGCGAGGUGACAUCAGCAACGUCUUAUACUGAUCAGAGUUCAUUUCGAGGCGCUAUUGAAGAAGUCAAGCAACUGCUCAAAGCGGUGCCUGACAGUGAUAUCAAGUUCAAAGUAUACAAUAGAGAGGAGGCGGCCAAGGUCUUUAAUUUCACGAAUGUCGUUGGCGCAGUUGCGCAAACUGGAGUCGCAGCCUUGUGGCCAUAUCGACUUCUAACCGCAAUCUUGGCCUCCCUCACAAAACAGUUCUCGGACCGCUUCUCGCUCGAGACGAACACGCCCGUUCUCUCAGUGCAAGUUCAAGACGAUGUUUUCGAAUUUCCGUACCUAGUGCGCACACCAAGAGGAUCAAUUCGAGCUAGACAUGUCAUCCAUUGCGCUAAUGGGUACUCAAGUCAUCUGAUCCCUGGUCUUGUUGGCAACCUGUAUCCAUUACGGGGAACUAUGUCUACACAGAAGCUGGGCCCCAACUUUCCGCGAGCCGGCCACAGCAUGUCUUGGUCGCAAGUCUCUCUUGGCACAUAUGACGCAAAGACUGGACAUAUUCAUCUGGGCCUGUACUACGCUCAGCAAAAUGCGAAAACUGGGGUAAUGUUCCUCGGCGGCGAAUCCCAGAGCCUCAAGGGUCUUCUUACAAGCGACGAUUCAAAUGUUGCAGACGAUGCUCGCCAAACAUUGACUUCUGCAGCACCCGAGAUCUGGAAAGAUACAGCACCGGUAGAAGCCCUGAAUGUCUGGUCCGGAAUAAUGGGAUUCACGGCAGACGGUAUGCCCAUCGUGGGAAAGCUUCCGCAUAACCUCACGGGUCGAAGUGGAAGUGGUGAGUGGAUUGCAGCGGGGUUCAAUGGUCAUGGCAUGGAUAAGUGCUGGCUUACUGGUGAAGCUAUUGCGAGGAUGGUACUGGGAGAGACUGAUGUUCCUGGGUUUCCCAAGGCAUACCUGUUAAAUGACGAUCGGAUGAAGUGUUGGUCACCUCAGGGAGCUGCUGAAACGCUGAUGGAUCAUAUCAUGGUUGGGAGCCAGGUUCCGACAAGCCAUCUUUAG